UGCGGCGACAUGCAGGCGACAACUCGGCUUUCACACACCAUCUCCACCGGAGCCGUCCAGCCAUGGGAGUGCGUGACCUCAUCCAUGCAAUUUCCACCAUCAAUAAUUUAACGUAUUUGCUCCAAACCUGAAGAGAUAUCCCGAAGCUUGUCAGGAAGAGAGGAAAAAGUCGAAAUUACUCAGGGAGUUGGCCAGGACAGCCCAGAUGACACUGUCCUGUUGAAUGGUCUGUUUUUACGACUGGGCAGCACAAGUUCCACCAGGUUAGAAGAGUGAUGACCAUCCUGUUCCUUACUAUGGUUAUUUCAUACUUCAGUUGCAUGAGAGCUGCGCCCCUGAGAGACGCCCCGGGCAUGCAGGGCCAUCGGACGGAAGGCUACCUGGGUGCCGCCGCCGCUGCGACGGUCGCAAGAGGUCGGGGGACUCCACAGAAUGGUGGCGGGCCAGGCCAGCGCGGGAUGCCCUCGCUCACAGACACCUUUGAGCAGGUGAUAGAGGAGCUGCUGGAGGUGGAGGGGGAGGCGGAGGCGGCACAGAUGGGACAGGGGGCAGAUAAGAGCCAGGGAGGUGGGGGUCUCACGUCAGUCGUCGCCACAGAAACCAAGGAUGUCGACAUGUACGACUCGCGGUUGAUGAUCAGCAACCAAGUGCCUUUGGAGCCGCCGUUGCUCUUUCUUCUGGAGGAAUACAAAAACUAUCUGGAUGCUGCUAAUAUGUCCAUGAGGGUGCGGCGGCACUCUGACCCCUCACGACGUGGAGAGCUCAGCGUGUGUGACAGUAUUAGCCAGUGGGUGACAGCGGUGGAUAAAAAGACGGCAAUAGACAUGUCGGGGCACACAGUUACCGUCAUGGAAAAGGUUCCUGUCCCCAAUGGCCAACUGAAGCAAUACUUUUACGAGACCAAAUGCAACCCCAUGGGGUACACAAAGGACGGCUGCAGAGGAAUAGACAAGCGGCAUUAUAAUUCCCAAUGCAGGACAACCCAGUCCUACGUGCGAGCUCUCACCAUGGAUAGCAAAAAGAAGAUUGGCUGGCGGUUUAUAAGGAUAGACACUUCCUGUGUAUGCACAUUGACCAUUAAAAAAGGGAGAUAGUGUAUAAAAAUGUAUAGAUUUUAUUGAAGAGUUUAAAAAAGAGAAUACAGAGAAAAUAUCUAUUUGUAUAUAUACAUAACAGGGUAAAUUAUUCCGUCAAAUGAAAAUUUUAUGGACUGCAUGUAAAAAAAAGAUGAAGUUUAUACAGUAAAAGUGAUAUAAGUCUAUUUAUUGAACAUAUUCAUGACCUUGUAAACGAUUAAAAAAAUCUGAUCAGUCAUUUGCUCCCACUUUAAAUUACUAUAUCACAUUCCUCAAGACAUUGUGAUUUGUUUAUGUUGCCAAGAUUUACAAAAUGAAGUGGAAAAAAAACAGGCAAGGAAUGAGAGAGGACAAUUCCAUCUUCAAAAGCUUGCAUGCUGCUUCAAUUGUGAAUUAAGAAAUUCUCCACUGACAAAAAAAAAAGAUGAGGCUGACCAAAAAAAACUUUCCGUUUGCAUACUCGGCGGAAAACAACUUUCCUCUCAAGUAAUUUAUCUGUUUACUGUUCUAAACUUCUCAAGGU